AUGGAAGAGACCAGACGCCCCCGCUCCUUCCAAGGACAAGGUACUGCAGGGUGGGUGGGUGGAAAGAUAAUGAGAGACCAUGACCCCGCUCCCUCCAAGGACAAGUCGUCCUCAGGCCAGCCCCCUACCCGUCGAUCACUCCACCGCACCCUGUCUGAUGAGAGUAUCUACCGGGGCCAGCGUGUCCCCUCUCUGAGGCUGGGGGACCUAGAACCAGACCCCAGCCUGGCUAGUGACGUGUUGUUCAGCUGCUCCACGUUGCCACGCUCUCCCACCACCCGCGGGGUGCCUCUCAGACGACCUUCGUACAAACUGGGGAUCAAACUCCACGGUGACCUGUCUGCGUCUGACACGUCAUUGGCUGAGAUGGUUGAGCGUCAGCGCCACCCCCUCCCCCAGGAGCUGAUGCCCCUCCCCCCCUCUGAGAGCAGGGACAGCCCCCUGGACUGGACCCAUCUGGUGGAUGUGGCCAGCACCUUUGAGACAGUGACGGAGACAGCAGCGUCCUCCAUCUACAUCAUCAAGAUGCCUAAUGGGAAGAUAAGCCGUCAGCGGCUGCAGGAGGAUUCCCAGAGCUCGCUGCUAAAACUCAAGAAGUUUCACAUAGUGUGGUUCUUUUCAACCCACCAUCGACAGAACUGA